UUUAUUUGAAGUUAUUGAUUUCUUCAAUGUGACUUUUAUUAGAGAUGCAGGUGUGGCGCGCCGUUUGAUGAACACAAAUAGCGCGAAAUUUAAAGUCAAGUUUGCGUGGCUAAAAUCGGAUCGCUUGUCCACUUGUGCGUUCGAAGGAGGACCGUACAUAAACCGGUUAAAACGUGGAAGGUGGAAAUGUGGAACUCUAAACGCGAUGUGUUGACUAUUGUUGGCCUGGCAACAUGCAUUAAAGUCCUUCUUGUCUGGACUUAUCGUUCGACAGAUUUCGAAGUACACAGAAAUUGGUUGGCCAUAACCUAUAGUCGUCCGAUCAAUGAAUGGUAUAUCGAGGAUAGUUCACAAUGGACGCUCGAUUAUCCUCCAUUGUUUGCUUGGCUCGAAUGGCUACUGUCUCAAGUGGCGGUCCUGGUGGAUCCGGAAAUAGUGAAAAUAGAAAAUGAAAAUUAUGCUAGCGAUCGUUGCGUUAUUUUCCAGAGAUUUAGUGUCAUCUGUACAGAUAUUGUCCUCAUCUAUGCCGCGGUCGUUUGGCACGGCAUCCUGUAUCCGCAAACUCGUGGUCUUCCUAUUCUAUUCCAGCCACUGGUUCUUGUAGGCCUGAUCCUGAACCCGGGAUUGCUCAUUGUAGAUCAUAUCCACUUCCAAUAUAAUGGAAUCCUCACCGGCAUUAUGCUAUUGGCAAUCGCCAGAACCUAUCAGGGCUCGGUGUGGUGGGGGGCGUUGUGGUUCAGCAUAUUGCUGAACAUGAAGCACAUUUAUGCCUAUAUUGCUCCACCGUUCUUCGUUUACCUGCUCAGCUCGUAUGUCCUGGCGAAGCCAUUUUCGGUAUCGCGCAUUGCGUAUCGUCUGGCACACCUUGGUACCGUUGUGUUAACCGUAUUCACUGUCUCGUUUCUGCCCUUCAUGCUUCACGGCCAGUUGAAAUCAAUUUUAUCGCGGCUGUUCCCAUUGAAACGAGGCUUGGUCCAUGCUUACUGGGCCCCUAACACUUGGGCUUUGUAUGCUGGGGCCGAUAAGCUGCUUGAGAUCAUAGCUACUCGUACCGGCCAUCAAGUGGCACGCAGCUCCCUGACGUCGGGCCUUGUCGGCGAUGCACAAUUCGCAGUACUUCCGGACGUUCCUCCUGCACUCACCAUAGUUGCAGCGAUACUACUUAUGCUGCCAUCACUUAUUCCAUUGUUCCGCCGACCGAAUCCAACGAAAUUUAUUCAGUCAGUCGUCCAUUGUGGCCUUGUAUCGUUCCUGGUGGGCUUCCACGUACACGAAAAAGGCAUUCUUAUCCCACUUCUCAGUCUACUUCCGCUGGCUAUCAUAAAUCGCUCUCUGGCUGGCGUUUACGUCCUGCUGUCCGCUGUGGGACACUUCUGCUUAUUUCCACUGAUCAUUACACGAGAAGAGACCUUUAUUAAGGCAGUACUGGCCGCCUUUUACGGAAUAUACAUUACAUAUGCAUUAGGCUGCGUUCACAGAUAUCAGCAUCUGUCUCGAUGGGGACAACUUUAUCUCUUUGGCCUAGUUCCGCUGUUUAUAUACACCGAACUACUGGGUCAUGUUUUAACACCACAAUUGCCUUUCCUUCCGCUGAUGGCAACAUCAGUGUAUUGUACUUUCGGCGUUCACGCGUGCUUCCUUCGAAUACUAGUGGUUACAUUUGAUGAGAUUAAAGAAGCCAGGCAUAAUUUUCGAUCUAAUUCCUUAAAGCUUGGUGACGGUCAAAUUGACGAAACUUUAGAUAUACCAUUAGACGCGGACAAUAGAAAAACUCGUUAAAUUUCUGGAAAAACGCACGUUUUGAUGGAGAUACAUAACUCUUGUACAACUUUAACAUAUUCAUUUCUGACCUAGAAAAUAUUAAAAAAGUACUGGAAAACAAAGAUUCGGUGUGCUCGUUGUGUGAUGCCUUAAUGCAAAAUUAGCGUGCAAGUUGGUUGUCUAUUACAUCUUGAUUGUUUAAAAUUUUAGCCGGGUGGACAUUUUCAUAAAAGAUGCAGUAUUUAGCAAAUGUUUUUAUGAAAAUUUUGUCAACUUGAAAAACGUCAAGUUCACCGAAUGUCAGUGUGCUUAGUGAACAGCAAAGGGUGUGAAUGAAACAGUAGAAAAACUGAAACCUGUGAAGUUUUUGUAUAUACACACAAUAUUAAAACAAUAAUCAAAUUAAAUGCAAUAACCAUAGUCAUUAUUAUAUAUAUAUAUAUAUAUAUAUAUACUUACAUAUAUAGCCCAAAUAUUUUAGGAUCAUAAAGUGAAUCGAAAAUGUUUAAUCUUGGAUGAUUUUACACAAAAAAUAGAUUCGUAUCUGAAGCCUAAAGACUUAAAAACUAUACCCUAGGGAUAGCACUCCCGACAUGUUAGAUUGGAGAAAGUAAAUCGCAGAGGCUUUUGCUCAAAAAAAUUUAUUUUGAUUGUGGAUAAGGUGAUGAUUACACUCUUAGGUACGAUAGUGCUUACUAGUACUUCUGCCUAAGCGACCGUGUGAGUAGAGACAAACCUAUUUUUUAAUGGUCUACUUAGGUUUAUAUCAAACAUAUCUUAAGUGUGCAGAAAUUGUGAAUAUGUCCUAUAUUGCCGUAUCGAAGCACAAAGCACAAAGAUCAAUAGCCUUUGAAAUACUAUCAGUCUAUUAUUUUUUUCAAAUAAAAAUUUAUUGAAUGAAAAAUAAAACUGUGUGUU